UCAGCACGUCGGUGCUGGGCUUUGCUCGGGCCGGACCCGCUAACUGGGCUCGAGUGUUUGCCCCUCGGGUCCCGGCGUCCCAGGGGAGCAGGGUAGUUGUGCCCCACUCGCGAGCGGAGCGGCGGGGCGUGGGGCUCGGCCCGGCCACCUUGCCUGCCGGCAGCCCGCCUCCGGGCCUACCCGCCUCCUCGUCGUCUGGGAGGCCGGGCUCCUGGGAUCGGCCGGGAGGCUGGGCGUCCCGGCCGCGGGCGCGGAUGCGCGGUGGCGGCGCGGGCGGCCUGGCAUGUUCGGGCUGAUGGCCAAUUGCUGCAGCUGGUUCAAGCGCUGGCGGGAGCCCGUCAGAAAGGUGACUCUUGUGAUGGUGGGGCUUGACAACGCUGGCAAAACGGCCACAGCAAAAGGAAUCAAAGGAGAGCACCCUGAAGAUGUAGCUCCUACAGUUGGAUUUUCCAAAAUUGACCUUAAACAAGGAAAGUUUGAGGUCACCAUCUUUGACUUGGGAGGUGGAAAAAGAAUUCGGGGGAUUUGGAAGAACUACUAUGCAGAGUCCUAUGGGGUGAUAUUUGUUGUGGAUUCCAGUGACGAAGAGAGGAUGGAAGAGACGAAAGAGACAAUGUCAGAAGUGCUAAGACAUCCCAGGAUAUCAGGAAAGCCUGUGUUGGUGUUGGCAAAUAAACAAGACAAAGAAGGGGCUUUAGGAGAAGCUGAUGUGAUUGAAUGUCUGUCUUUAGAAAAACUGGUUAAUGAGCACAAGUGCCUGUGUCAGAUCGAACCUUGUUCGGCAGUCUUGGGGUAUGGCAAGAAAAUUGACAAGUCUAUUAAAAAGGGCCUUUAUUGGCUACUACAUAUCAUUGCCAGAGACUUUGAUACCUUAAAUGAAAGGAUCCAGAAGGACACGACCGAGCAGCGAGCACUUGAAGAGCAGGAGAAGCGAGACAGAGCCGAGCGAGUGCGAAAAUUGCGGGAGGAAAGGGAGCAGAGAGACGGCGAGCAGGCCGAGGCGGACGGCGCGGGCAGCCGGGAGGAGCCGCCCCCGAGGCCGGCGGCUGCGAACCCCUUCCAGCCCAUCGCGGCCGUCGUGCUGGAGAAUGAAAAAAAACUUGAAAAAGAGAAAAAGAAGCACACGAUGGAGAAAGAUAGUGACAUGUGCCCCCUGCAACAGAAAAUGGAACAGGAACAAGUGGAAACGCAGAGCGAGACCAGCAACAGUAGCCGAAGAAACAACGAGUCGGAAGGAGUGGAAAAUUACAAGGAGGCACUGACCCAGCAGCUGGAGGAUGAAGACGAGACGGACCAGCGGUCCUCAGAGUCAGAUAAUAGUAAAAAGAAAACUAAGAAACUGAGAAUGAAAAGGAGCCACCGGGUGGAGCCAGUUAAUACAGAUGAUUCUACCCCCAAAAGUGCGUCACCCCCCCUGCCGCCCCCUCCUGUUGGCUGGGGAACCCCCAGAGUCACUAGACUUCCAAAACUUGAGCCUCUUGGUGAAACACGUCACGAUGAUUUCUAUGGGAAGCCGCUUCCUCCUCUGGCCGUCAGACAGAGACCCAACAGUGAUGCUCGUGAUGUGAUCUCCUAAGCGAGCCCUGUGGAGCAGCGCCCUGCGCAUCAGCGAGCGGAUGGGGACCUCUGUCACAAAAGGAAACCUUGGUCACUGAUGACUGGUGCCAGGCUGCCCUAGUGGCUUCUGGUGGGAAGAAUGCCAGCCAAGGACCAUGCCUGAGCAUUACUUCUCCAUGUUCUUCUUGGUUACAGCAGAAAGGAUCCUAAAUGACCAAUAAAUGGGAUGAGCAUUUGGACCAAAGUAGCAAGACUUAAUGUUGACUUUUUGACUCAUGUAUCCCUAUUCAUGGGCGUACUCCUGAAGGAACACCUCUUCAGGAGAGCCUGUGGACUCUGCAUAACUUCAUUUGGUGUCGGUAUUUCUAAGUUAAACAGCUUUUAAAAUGCAUAUGCAUGAAAGGGAAACGUGGGAAUUUAUAACCUAGUUUUUUUUUUUUAACUAUUUUUGUAUUUUUCUAAAACUUUUUAAAAAAAUUAUACUGUGCACUUUUCUACAAAUACUGUGUUUAAGUUGUCUCUGUAAGAGUUAAUGUACUUAAUAGACAUGAACUACAUAAACAAGUAUUUUAUGAUUUGAGGUAUGUUUUAUACUAACAUUCUUUAACUGUAUAUUCUAAUUUGACCUUUAGAAUAAUGCCUUUUUUAAAAAAGAUUCUCCGAUCUUUAUUCUACCAAAUUAUAUGGUUUGAAAAUAUCACCCAUGGAUUGAGUUCAAAUUUGUUUUUGUUGUUUGCUUGCUUUGAUGAUAAUCUCAAAAAAU